AUGGCCGAUCCGGUGUCUCACCUGCCCAUGUACGAUGACGAUAAACAGCUCUCGGACAGCUCGUCCGACGACAAGCUGAAGCUCGAGGACGAUGUCGUGCUCACCAAGGAGGUCGAGGCGAUGGAGGACCGCAUCGCCAACGACGAGGCCACCGAGGCGGAGUACCGGGUCGAGGCGGCCUAUGAAGUCGCUGUCAAGGUCUUGUCGGCCAGGGACGACCCCGAGCUUCAGGCGGUCACAUUCCGCACUGUCUUCCUGGGCCUUGGCUUCUCAGCCUUCGGAGCUGUAUUGGCGCAGAUCUACUAUUUCAAGCCUCAGACGCUCAACGUCUCGACGCUACUCUUGCUCAUCCUGUCGUACUGGUUCGGUAAUGGUUUGCACAUGGCAAUCCCGACCAAGGGACGGUGGCGUUGGUUGAACCCUGGUCCUUUCAACAUCAAGGAACACACGGCCAUUAUCAUCAUGUCUUCCACGGCUGCCACCUCCGCUGUCGCGAUUCAGGUCAUUUCCGUGCAGAAUCUGUACUACAACAAUGACAUGAACCCCGGGAUUGCGAUUUUCACGCUGAUCGGAUCGCAGCUAAUUGGGUAUGGUUAUGCUGGUCUGCUCUCUGAGGCGCUCGUUCGUCCAACGAAGUGCUUCUGGCCUGCUAACAUCUACAUCGCCAACCUGUUCCAGGCCCUCCACUACGAUAGACAGAUGACCUCGAAGCGCGUGCGCCUCUUCUGGACCAUCUUCGCCGUCAUGUUCUGUUGGGAAAUCAUUCCUGAGUGGAUUUUCCCUGUUCUCACCGGUGUAUCAGUCUUCUGCUUGGCGGACAACCACUCGUCCGUCGUGCGGAACGUCUUCGGAGGCGCGUCCAACAACGAGGGCAUGGGUCUGCUCGCUGUGUGCUUCGACUGGAACCUGAUUUCAUCCAACUGCCUCUGGGCACCGCUCUGGCUGCAGCUCAAUCAGGACAUCGGUAUCUUCCUCACGUACAUCCUCAUGUCCGCCGUGUACUACGGAAACCUCUGGAAGGCGAAGGACUUCCCCUUCAUGAGCCAAGACAUCUUCGCAGAGAACGGGUCCGUGUACGACCAGACCGCGCUGCUCAGCGACGGCAAAUUCAACGCCACCAAGUACGAGGAGUUAGGGCCCGCGUACUUCUCCGCGACGAACGCGCUCUACCUGAUCACAUCAAAUCUGUCGCUCGGUGCGAUCGUGACGCACAUCGCGCUGUUCCACUGGAACGACCUCAAGCCGUUCGUCCUCUCGCUGAACCCGUGGAACAAGACGGAGCACCUCGUGCACGACGCGCACUGGGAGAAGAUGAAGGUGUACAAGCAGAUCCCGCGCUGGUGGUACCUCGUCAUUCUCCUCGCCGCGUAUGGUAUCGCGCAGGCGACGAACUACACCGGCGAGUCGGGGCUCCCUUGGUGGGCGCUCACGGUUCUACUCUUCAUCGGGUUUGUCUUCUGCGCGCUGUACUCUACCCUCGCGGCCACGAUUGGCUUCACUGAGUUCAACACCUCGGGCAAUGGCUUCUUCCAGAUGAUCACCGCGUAUAUGGUCCCCGGACGUCCCGUCGCGAACAUGUACGGCGCGAUGUACGGCGCACACCCUCUGCAGCAGGGUAUCCUGUUCCUGCAGGACCUGAAGUUGGGCCAGUACUGCAAGCUCGCGCCGCGCGUGACGUUCUGCAUGCAGAUGGCGGGGACGGUCGUUGGCACGGUGCUGAACUACGUCAUGAUGCUGUCGAUCAUCAACGCGCAGCGCGCCGCGCUCCUGUCGAUCGCGGGCACGCGUCUGUGGUCCGGCCAGAAUGCGCAGAGCUACAACUCGAACGCGAUCGCGUGGGGUGCGCUCGCCCCACAGAUGUUCGGCGCAGACUCGACCUACAGGAUGGUCCCGAUCUCGCUCGCGAUCGGGCUGUUCCUCCCGCUGCCGUUCUACAUCUGCUACCGCAUCUGGCCCAAGGCAGGCUUCGAGAACCUGAACACGUCGAUCAUCAUGCAGUACUCGUGCUACCUGUCCGUCGGCGUGAACACAUCCGUGAACACGUCGAUGGCCCUGGGAAUUCUCUCGCAGUGGUGGGUGCGCACGCGCUACCCACGCUGGUUCACGAAGUACAACUACAUCGUCGCGGCGGCGCUUGACGGCGGCACCCAGGUGAUUGUCUUCAUUCUCAACUUCGCCAUCUUCGGCGCAGCGGGAAAGACGGUGUUCUUCCCGCAGUGGUGGGGUAAUGACUUCAACCUCUCGGCGGAUCGCUGCCUGGCGCCGCCGUCGUAACGCGUGGAGAGGCUGCCCUGUAUGGAGUGUUUGUGUCUGGGGUAUUGUGUAGCGUAGUAUUAGACGAGGUCGUGUACAGCGACGGUAAUGUACGAUAAUGCAAUAUUGACACGACAAGCGAGGUUCAUUGCUCAGUU